GAAACUAUUUACCUGACAAGGAACGGAAUUUAUUAUAAGUACAAGAGAAAUUCAACUCAUUCUGCACACAAAAAAAAAGUCGCAGAAAUUCAGCCAUUGCCGUUCUGUCUCGGAUUCUUUCCUCUUGUUGCACUGCAGCGAAGAAACGAUUAAUUUUUUGAUUUCGUUCCACAGUUCCUUGCAGAUUCUAAACCAAUCGGAGUCUGCAGAUCGCUAUACCAGAACAACAUUUGUAAUUUCUAUCGGUAAUUUUUGACAGAUCUCGGAUCUAAACUAUGACGAAAUCCAGUGAUGCCUCGGAGGUGAACGAGCCAAAUCGUUACUCUUUCAACUUGCACGAUUUCUUGAAAACGAAGCGGCGGAUUGUCAAGUGUGCGAAGAGGACGAAACCGGGGAAUAUGAUCGUCAAAAAAAGAUGUGGCUCUGGCUUUGGCUCUGGCUCUGGCUCUGGCCUCGUUUCCCUGGCCAAGAACAGAGCACUCUGCAACUUGUAUUCAAAUCUUCCCAUACACAUUGUUGUCAAAUCUUCUUCCAUGGAAUUUUCCACCUCAAAAGGUCGCAUUACUCUCAGAUUUGGAUCCAACGGGCUGCCAAGGCUCAUGAAAGACAUUUUACGCGGCCUCUCUAACAUUCACUGCGACAUAAAACCAAGAAAUAUGUUAUUGUUACCCGGAGGUCGCGGAAUCGAGACCGAUUCUUCUUCGGCGGAUUUUGGAUUGGGUAAAAAGUUUGAAAUUAGCGGUCGGCCUGCGGAUAUUUGGGCAUUUGGAUGCGUGGUGCUGGAGAUGUUGACUGGGAAACGCCCAGAGUGGAGAUUUGGUAAUAGUUAUGAGCAUCUUUUGGAUUAUUACAGCACAACAACUGAUCGACUUGCCAUUAAUUCCAAUUGAAGAUAUCAAAUGUGGGGAGAGAUCUUGUAGAAGGUGUUUUAAAAUUAGAAGAAGACGCUAAUCGAUUGUUGGUUAAAUAUAUAUCGUUUUGUUUCUUGAA